UAGAUACAUUUUUUUGUAAAUGAUUUUUUUUUAUCAGUCUAAUUUAAAGAAUAUGCGCUUUCAAUUUAAUAGCUUUUUGCUAUAAUUAAAAGCAAUGGAAUAUAUUUUUAAUACAAAAAACUGUGCCUGUUACACGUCAACUAUAUUACAUUGUUGUUAUAAGUUCACCUAAUAAAAAUGGUAGCAUUAAGUUAUUAUCAAGAAAUAAAUUUAAAAUACACAACCUUUUUAAAAACAUUUAUUUUUAUUUUUAUAAUAUGGAAUUAUAGUACUUACAACGCUAUGGAUAUAUUUCCUAAAUCAUUAGAGAAUAAAUAUGAACACACUAAAAUUUUGAACAGAAAUCUUCACAGAUUAUUAGCGAAACAUGAACUACAUAAGAAAUUAGGAUAUACAGUUUCGGGUGCACAAAUGUUACACGAUAGUAUAGGUAAGAGCAAAAAAAAUGUAACAGAUAAUACAUCAAUCUCGUCUCAAUUAAAAAAAAAAGGAUCAAAUAAUUUUGACACUUAUAUGAAAAAUUAUAAAAGUAGAUAUGAGAAAAAGAAGGGGUUAUCUAAAUUAGAUUGCUAUUGUGAGAAAAGUGUAUUCGACAAAAUUAAUUACAUAGAAAAGCUUUCAGAGAAGAUGAGAAGUGAUAAGAAAGUAUUUAAAAAAAAAAUACUUAAAAAAUAUGGUAUAGGAUCUAUUAUAUUCACUUUAAUUCCUGCUAUUGGUUUAAUAUAUUAUAUAUUAUUUGGAUUAGGUGGAAGAUUAGGAGGUGAAAUUGAAUUAUGUAUGGAUGGUAGACAUUAUGUGAGUGGUACCACACAUCCUUCUAGCUGUUCUGCAGGAAAAGGUAAAAUGAAUAGAAAAGAAUAUAUUUGCUUCUGUAAAGAAAUUUUUAAUAUAAACUAG